AUGUCGCUCAACAUCCCCCUUCGACAGACUCUCCAGGCCAAGGCGCGCGCGAGUGGCGCGUGGCUUACGCUACCGAGCACGGCCAUCGCACGCUCUCUUGCUCUGACCAAGGGCAUCUCUUGGGUUCUCAUUGACGCUGAACAUGGCCUGAUAUCUGAUCCUCAGUACUAUGACCUCGCCAACUCCAUCUCUAGCGCUGGGGCGUCUCCCCUCAUCCGUAUUCCCGGCGAUGAGGUGUGGCAGAUCAAGCGCGCACUUGAUUCUGGCGCGCAUGGAAUCAUGAUACCUAUGGCAAACAGCGUAGAGAUCGUACGCAAGGUAGUAUCUGCUUGCAAGUACCCACCCAACGGUAUUCGUGGGUUUGGGCCCAUGUUCACGCACGCUACGAACGCCCUGGGGGCUUCAUACAAGGCGGGUGCGGACAAGAAUCUCGUCAUCGCUGUGCAGAUUGAGCACCCGGAUUCCGUGCGGGAUAUUGAACAGAUUGUCAAGGAGGACAUCGAUGUCGCCUUCAUCGGCCCUUUCGACUUGUCAAUUGCGAUGGGGGUCGAGUUUGGAAGCAAAGAGCAUGAAGCCGCCAUUCAGAAGAUCUUGGAUGCGUCGCACGCUGCCGGAAAGACAGCCGCUAUCUUCUGUCUCAAUGGUGAACAGGCGGAGAAGCGAUUCAAGCAAGGAUUCGACAUGGUCAGCGUCUCUACGGACAUUGACACGCUCGUGGAUGGCUUCGCAAAGCAUCUCUCACAGGUCAACGGUGGACCUGAUGGGGCGAGCUCUGGUUAUAGCACGUAG